AUGAGUAGUUCAGAUGGGAAGGCGGGCUGGCAGACCGUUAUACAAGGAACGGUCAUUACAUCUACGACAUGCGCGUUCAUAACAGGCGCCUACGGUAUCCUCAACAGGUUCCCUAACUAUGCAGAGCUUUCUGCGGCUGCUGCGAUAAACAGUGGAGCAACUGCAGCCACAUUUUUCAGUAUCCGCGAAUAUGUGAUCAGCCCUGUUCUCAUCAGGACGAUUCCGGGAGUUCAGUAUGCCAGGCGACGGCGUGAUGCUGGUAUUUCCAAGCUUCCCACCGAUAAAGAUGUGCCAGAGAAUGUAUCAUGGACGGAGAUGCGGACAAGCAAGCUGCUCGAUACUGGCAUUAGUGGGGCUAUUACUGGUGGUAUCCUUCGCGGAAUAACUACUAGUCGGAAUGCCAUCGUAUCGGGGGGCAUAACAGCCAGUAUCGCUGCCACUCUGGUCCAACUAGGCUACAACGAACUUCGAGUGACACGGCUUAAAUACGUCUCCCAACAAUCCAGUCAGCUUGCAGUCACUGAACCAAUGCAGAACCGAUGGGCAGAACGACGCGCGACUGUCAUGUCAUGGUUCGGAUUGUCGAAGUAUUCGGACGAAGAAUUUCUGGAGUCGAUGAAGGCUCAGAGAUUGCAGUAUCUGGCGAGGAUCAGUGAACUUGAGCGACAACUAGAGAAGGAGCGAGCAGAGCAGAAAUUGGAUAGUAGCACAUCGUCCAAAACAUAG